AUGCAGGAGAAUACAGGAAUGGUGCACCUCUUGAUAUUGAACGGAUCCACGAUUGACGCUUAUCUGCCCACCCUGCCGCCGGGGGAUAAGUUGUCGUCCAGUGUCUUCGAUCACACUGUUUAUGGGCACUCAGGAUUAGCCAGGUAUAUCAACUUGUUGCGAGAGGGCAAAUCUCCGGAAGAGGCUCUAGAAGCCACUUGGGAGUUGCCGCUACUCGUUGAAAACCGGUACCCAACACAUCCACUUGAAUAUAACUCCAUGUUCAUGUACGACGAUGAGGUUCGCCGCAACGUUGGUCGGGUGCUCUUUCUCCGGCAUAUCAUUGAAGGGCUCUCGUAUCUCGAUGCGUUACAUUCAUCUCGGAUGGGUGAGCGAUCUUCUAGUGUGCCGGCAUAUCCGCCAUUUGGUCAUUUGACACCUGCAUGGAUUCCAAAGUAUUCGCUUUGGAGUCUCGCUCGAACAGUAAAUCUCAUGGAGCAGGACACGCCAGACAUGGCAAACAUCGAGUGGCAGGACUAA